AUGAAGCGCGAUCGGCGCGGCCGGUUCUUGGCGGCCGCGGGCGGCCCCGCGGCGGCGGCCCCCGAGCCCCGGCGGCGGGACGGGCCGGCGGCGGCGCGGCCGCGGCCACAGCCCCAGCCCCAGCCCGCGGCGGGGUGGGCCCCGGCGGGUGCUGCCUGGACGCGGCCCCCGGAGGCAGGAAUCGGCCGAGCCCUGAGCACCGGGUAUUGCCGCCUCUGCCACGGGAAGUUCUCCUCCAGGAGCCUGCGGAAUGCUUUUGGGAAGGUGCCCGUGAUGGGGGAGAACUCGGAGAAGCAGCGCCGCGUCGAUCAGGUUUUCUUCACCGACUUCCAGCGGCUGGUCGGCGUGGCCGUGCGGCAGGACCCCGCGCUCCCCCAGUUCGUCUGCAAGAAAUGCCAUGCCCAGUUCUACAAAUGCCGCAGCGUCCUCAGGACGUUUAUCCAGAGGGUGAACGCGUCUCCCACGGGCCACGUGAAGUCGAAAGGAAAGAGCGGCGCGGCCCAGGCCCAGCCGGGCGCGGAAGGAGGUGCCUCGUGUCUGGUCGACCUGAUCACCUCCAGCCCGCAGUGCCUGCGCAGCCUGGUGAGCUGGACGCACGCCCACGCCGGGGGCUGCCCCUCGGCGCCCGGCCUGCGGAGCGUCCUCUCCUCCGAGUACUGCGGCGUCAUCCGCGCCGUCUGGGGCUGCGGCGACGGGCACGACUACGUCAUGGACACCGAUUCGGACUGUAGCACGGCGCUGGUCGACAACGCUUUGGCUGUCAAGCGGGAGUGGGGCAAGGGCGCGGCGCAGCGCUUGACUGACAACGGGGCAGGGGCAGGCAACGCCGAGGCUGUCUCCGCGCCCAAAGCCCAGCACGCUCCAGUAAGGACGGCUCCUUGCCAGCAGCCCGCGAACACGGGGACCGCACCGGCGCCGCUCGGCGUGGAGAACGAGCCACCGCCCGGCAGGGAUUCAUCUCGCUCGCAACCGGACAGCACGGCCUCCUCGCAGGAGCAAGCCCUGCCGCAGCCCGUGUCGCCACUGAGCAGUGCCACAGGACAGUUGAGUGGGAAGCAGGUUCUGUCUGCAACGUCGGAUGAGCGGGUAAAAGACGAGUUCAGUGACCUUUCUGAGGGGGACUUCUUGAGCGACGAUGAAAACGAGAAGAGGAACGUGCAAUCUUCGGACGACUCCUUCGAGCCUUACCCCGAAAAGAAGGUUUCUAGCAAGAAAAGCGACGGCAAAGAAGCGAAGAAGGCGGAAGAGCCCAAAAUAAGGAAGAAGCCGGGGCCUAAACCGGGCUGGAAAAAAAAAAUCAAAUGUGAAAGGGAGGAGCUGCCUACCAUUUACAAGUGUCCUUACCAGGGCUGCACGGCCGUCUACCGCGGGGCGGACGGCAUGAAGAAACACAUCAAAGAGCAUCACGAAGAGGUUCGGGAGAGGCCCUGUCCUCAUCCUGGCUGCAACAAGGUGUUCAUGAUUGACCGGUACCUACAGCGUCACGUGAAGCUCAUUCAUACAGAGGUACGUAACUAUAUCUGUGACGAAUGCGGGCAGACCUUCAAGCAACGCAAACACCUCUCGGUCCACCAGAUGCGGCACUCGGGAGCGAAGCCCCUCCAGUGUGAAAUCUGUGGGUUCCAGUGCCGGCAGCGAGCGUCGCUCAAGUACCACAUGACCAAACACAAAGCGGAGACGGAGCUGGAGUUCGCUUGUGACCAGUGCGGGAAGCGCUUCGAGAAGGCCCAUAACCUUAACGUCCACAUGUCCAUGGUGCACCCUCUGACCCAGACUCAGGACAAAGCCAAGCCACUGGAGCCAGAGCCCAUCCUCCUCCUCAGUACUUCAGGGACUUCGGAAAGCCAGGCAGUAAAGCUCGAAGUGACUGCGGCGCAGGAGCCCACCUGAGGGGGCCGGGGACGCUUUCCCAGUCCAGCCCUAUAGAAACCGUACGGCAGAGUGGAGAUUUUUAAUCUGUGUUUUAGUCUCCCAAAGAACUCAGUGGAAUUAGCUUCAGCUUGCUCAGAAAAAAAAAAGCUUGUUAUCAUG